AUGGUAAAGCGCGGAAAGCAAUAUACGGAAGCCGCAAAGGCGGUUGAGAAGGACAGACUGUACUCACCUGGAGAGGCCGUGGAUAUAGCCAAGCAGACGGCUAAGGCAAAGUUUGAUGAGACGGUUGAGUUACAUCUGCGCACCAACUCGGACCCGCGUCACGCGGACCAACUGGUGAGGGGCGUUGCCCUGUUGCCUCACGGACUUGGCCGGGAGAUCAGGGUGCUGGUCUUCGCCGCCGGCGAGGCCGCAGCUGCGGCCAGGCGGGCCGGCGCAGACUACGUUGGCGACGACGACCUCGUGCAGAGAAUUGAGGAGGGCUGGCUGGAGUUCGACGUGGCUAUGGCUACCCCGGACGUGAUGGGGCGUAUAAGCCGUCUGGGACGCGUCCUUGGUCGUCGGGGUCUGAUGCCGAAUCCCAGGGCCGGGACAGUGGUUCAGCCCCAGGAUUUCGCCAGAGCUAUCGAAGAGGCCAAGAUGGGCCGUGUGGAGUUUCGCCUGGACCGCACUGCAAUAAUUCACGUGCCUGUGGGCAAGGUGAGCUUUCGAUAA